AAUUGCAGGAAAUUACGAAAACUCGUGUCCUUAUACGCGUAUACCUUGUAAGGCUGAUGAAAAAUCUUCCGAAAAUUAAACGUGCAUCGUUUUAUUCACGCCCUGAUUACGUAAAUAUUAAUUAUUAUUACUCGCGAAUGAGCCUUAAUUCGUGUACGAUACGUAAACGCUUAGUAAUUCGUUGAUUUAUUCGUUCGUGAAUGUUUUUACCAAUAGAGUGACCAAUGUCAGUAGAAAAGUACUCAAAUGAAUUUAGUCUAGAUCAUGUUGAAAAUUCACAAAGGUUUAAAGAAGAAGAAGAAAGACAAAAAGAAUAAACACAAAGAGGACGAAUUAUUCAACGAAGAAGAAUUAGAAAAAUAUCGCAAAGAACACAGCAAACCGGUAGCCAGUACAGCAGAGCCGGACCUUGCGCAACCUUCGAAUAGCAGCGGCGGUGGCAGCGGCGACCAAAGCGACGAAUGGCAAAAAUUUAAAGCUCUAACCGCCGGCGUCGAUACAAUCUUACAAAAGACACAAGAAGAUCUCGAUCGUAUCAAAUCGACUAGCUUUUUUCAGCGUAAACCACCGCCUUCCGAGGUCGAAAGACAAAAGGAAGAAGAACGUCAAGAAGCGGAAGAGCAGCAGCAGCAGCAGCAGCAGGCCAAAGACCACGAAGACGGCGAGCAGCAGAGUGGUGCCGACGGAGCGGUCGAAUUUGCGGCGAAAUCCGAAUCGGAAGACGAGUCCGAAGAGGUCGAAGUAGAUGAUACGUUAUUCGACACAUCGUACGUAGACGCGGUCGCCAGCGGCGAAUUAAAACUCGCUUAUAUUCCGGACAGUCCGACCGAAAAAGAGGACGAUUUCGAUCCGUUCGACACUUCGUACGCCAACAAGUUCAUCGAAUCGAAUCCGAAAAAGCGUUAUUUGAACUUGGGUUGCGCCGUACAAGUGCUUUCUGGUCGCCAGUCGGUAGUCAGCGCAGAGUCGAGUUCGCCCGCCGUUUUCGGCGAUAAGAAAUCGCGUCGACGACGCCCCAAGCCGGUAGAUUUAUUGCUGACCAGUUUCGACGAUGGUGCCGAUCCGCAGAGCGCGGUACCAACGGUCGUAGAAAGGACUCCGGUCGAUUCGCCCGUCAAAACUUUACUAGACGAAGAUCCGUUGUUGUUGGCCAAAGACGUAGAUCUCGCGCCGUUAGCGGUUACCCCGAUACCCGCCGUCGCACUCGCGUCCACACCUGUAAAUCCGCCCUCUGUACCGGAUAAAAAAGAGCCGAAACUAGAUUUGAGCGAUUUCGAGCUCGACGAAUUCGACGUCUUAGCCACCACAGCCACCAGCGGCAGCGCCAGCGCCAGCGCCGGAAUCCUCGAUCUUUGCAAACAACCGUCGAACGAGAGCACAGACGACGAGUUCGCCCAACUAGCGGCCGAAUCGUUGGCACGCAAAUCGUCCAGCGCCCUACCGACGCCCAACGAGCCGAUCAAAUCGUUCGACGCGACAACUCCGUCCAGCGAGUUCCACGCCGUCGAUCCGCUGCAGCCGAUCGCGCCGCCCGAACAAGAGGAAAUCGACCCCUUCGAUACGUCCAUCGUCGCCAAAGUAAUCCUACCCGGCAAACAAGAGAUAAAGCUACUAGAAAGAGAGCUACUGAGCGAUAUCACCGCCAGCAAAGCAGCGCCGCCGAGCAGAGUCGACGAUAUCGACGACGACGAUUUCGACCCGCGAGCCGGCGAAUCGUCUCCGGUGAAAGCGAUCCGGCCGCAAGAGUUGCUGAUCAAGCACAAAGCCCAAGUCGAUCAGAUCGUAUCGCCUUCCAAGAAGCCGGAUUUUCUGAAAAUCGAAGACGUCGACGUCGAGGUAGCCAAGCCGCUGACUCCGUUGGCCGCCGCCGUCAAGCCGGACGAGCAGCUCGAUUCCGAGUACGAUCCGUUCGACACGUCUCACGUUUGCGGAGCGCCCGGUAAAUUGGAACUGAAACUCAUCGAGAACGAGCUCAGCCAGAAGGACGACCAAGACCAAGACGACGAUUUCGAUCCGAGAAAAUACGACGGCGCCGAUCGAACGCAAUCCACAGCUACUUCGCUGACGCACAGUAUCCUCACCAAGUACGCUUGCAAUCCGCAGCCGCCGCAGCCGGAACAAGUCGAACCGGUCGCGAUCGACAUUCUUACCGGGAAGGAAGAAGACGCGGACGCCAUUCGCAAUUUCUCUACGCCCGUCGAGCCGCAAAAAUUUGUAAUCGAAUCGCCGUCGGAAAUCGCCUUCAGCGAUCCGUUCGAUACGUCCAUCGCGGAAAACAUUCAACCCGGUAAAGUGGAACUCAAACUGCUGGAGACGGAACUCAUAUUCAUGACCGAAUCGCAGAGCACAAAUCCAUUCUUGAUGGGCGGCGCUUUCGACACGUCCGCCACCGUGUCCAAUGCAGCCGCCGCCGAAUACAAUCCGUUCGGCGCGAAUGCCGCAUCCUCUUUCAGUUCGAAUCCAUUUCUGCAAAGCUUCGGCGCUUCCGUAGCCGAUAGUCAGCCGAGCGCCGAACCCGCCGCCGGCACAAACCCGUUCGCCGCCUUUUUCACCACCGAGGCGACUUCCACGAACGUCUUCGCCCCGCCACCGCAACAGCCGAGCACGGAUAUCGGCGCCACUUUCAACGCCUUCUCGACGUCGGCAACUCCCGCUUGGACGACUCCGGCGGCUCCUGCGGCGCCAAAACGUCCAUCGAUACCGUCGUCGGUCAACCAAGUCUCCGAUCUGUUGGGCGAUUUCACCGAGACAGCGCCACCACCACCGCCGCCGUCGGUACCGAGUUCUACGCCGCAUUCGAUGAAUACGUCGCCGGUCGACAAGGGUGAGAAACCGGUUCCUCGACGUCCUCCGCCGCCACGACCGAUGCCGCCGAGAGAGUCGAAAGAGCUGAUAUUGAGCGUAACCGCCGCUCUCGAACAAACGUCUACCGAUCUGCUGGACAGACUGCAGGCAACGAGGACACCCAGUCCUACGCCACUGCGAGAUUUGAACUCACCCAGUCCUACGCUGAUGGGCGAAGUGAACGAUUUACUCGGCGACGAUAUCGAGAUGCCGAAAAUGGCGGCGCACGGCGAAAUCAAACAUACCAAGCACGACAUCCAACAAGAGGCCAUCAGUCUAUUCGACGCGAUCGCGAAUCUCUCCAAAGACGAAGAACACAAAGAUCACACCAUCACCGCGGCCAGAGGUCUUCCUCCUUCGGUACCGGCACCGUCGCCGGUGUCUUCGGCACCCACACCUCCGCCGGCUGCGGCUCCGGCACCGUUCGCGCAGCCAUCGCAGCCACCACUUCCGCCGAGUAGACCUCCUCCGCCUCCUCUACCAGUUCACUGCGAAACCGAUUUGAGCAAUCUGACGUCGUCGUCGUCGGAUAACGCCUCCAAAUUCGAACAGGCCAAAAUAAUAACGCGCGCCGAUAGUCGCGAAACUCCGCAAACGUCGCGCAAAUCGUCGCUAAAAUCGACCACGUCCUCGAGGAAAAGCUCGCUCGAUUUCAGCAACAUUAGCGUGGUCGAAGCGCCGCCCGUCAGACCGCCAGCGCCACCCGAAAUCAUCGAAGAGAUUGUGGACAAGUCGUCGUCGUCGUCGUCGUCUAUGCCACCACCACCAGCGCCGCCAGUCGACAGAAAAGACUCCGGCGGCGGUGGCGGCGGAAUCGGCGUGAAUUACGUAGCGACUCGUAAAGCUUCGCACGACGUGACCGCCAGUCGAACGCAGAUCAUACCGACGCACAAAAAAUACUCGCUCGACUAUUCGAGCGGUUUCUUCGCCGCCGAGCAGAACGUAAUCAAAGAGAAAUUCGAGCAAUACUCGACCGCAGCCGAACAAGCCGCCGCCGCCGCCACCACCACCGAUCCUUCGUACGACAAUAAGAUCCUGGAAGCUGCGAAAUUCCCGGUCAUCAGCACUACGCCUAUCAUGUCGUGCGAGAACAUCAACAACGAAACGCUGUACGAGAACGAAAAUGAAAACGACGUCGAAAUCGAAAAAGAACCCAGCUUGAUUUUCGACGAAGCCGUCGAAAAGGUCGAUCCUUUCGCCUCUUUCAUACAGAACGAAAAUCGACCCACGCCCGAUCCGUUCGUCUCGUAUUCGGAUCUGGGCGGCAGUAGCGCCAACGCCAACGCUUACGCCUACACGACCGCCGCUCAAGUCUCGCCCGCCGCUGAUCCGUUCGCAGCGGCCUUUUCGCGACCCGUUUUCGACGAAUCGCAAGGCAAAGACGAUUUCGAUAUGUUCCAAGAAAAAUUCGAAAACGUCAAACAGCCAGCUGCCGCCGAUCCUUUCGAUCCGUUCAGCGCAUCCGGAGUUGCCGUCAACGAUAACGUUGCAGCAGACGAAUUCAACACGACUCAAGGUUUCGGUAACGAAGAUACGUUUGACGAAUUUUUAGCCAUGAAUCAACCACCGCCAACUUUCGACGCCAACUUCAAUCAAAGCAUACAGCAAACCGAUCAAUAUGGCUACAGCAGCGAAGCAUCAUGGCCACCGGACACUAACAAUCAGGAAUACGGAUCAGACGCUUACGCCGCCACAAACACCUACGCACAGCCUCCAACCGGAUUGGGAGACGCGUUUAACGCUGCCAUGUCGCAAAAAGUGGCGAAAACUGAUUCGACUGAAACGCCGCCGACGCCUUUGUUCGACGAAGACGUAUCUCAGCCAUUGUUACCGUUUCCCAGGACGAAUUAUACCGGACCAGGCUGGGAGAUGCAAAUACGUUAUCCGAUACGCAAGAAAUUCACCGGUCAAAGAUUUUGGAAAAAAGUAUUCGUACGGUUGGUUUACCAAGGAGAAACGCCUCAUUUAGAAUUGGUCAAUAAAGACGAUGGCAAAGAAACGUUGAAUCACGAGUGGCCUUUGCAGCCAUGUUACGCAAUUUCCGAUAUCGGCGCUCAACAAUACGACCAGUAUGGUAAAAUAUUCACCGUCAAAAUACAAUUCGUCGUUUACAAAGAAAGACCAGGAGUAAGACCGGGUCAAGUCACUAAAGCUGAAAGACUCACGAAUAAACUAAGUCAGUUUGCCGCGUACGCGAUUCAAGGAGAUUACCAGGGUGUCAAAGAGUUUGGCAGUGAUUUGAAAAAAUUAGGAUUACCAGUAGAACAUUCGCCACAGAUCUCUUUGAUAUGCAAAUUGGGCUCGCAUAAUUACGAAGACAUGAAGCAAUUUAGCGCUUGCGUCGAAGACGCCCUGUUCAGAUUAUCUGCCCAUCGUGAUAAUAUUCAUAUUAAUUACAAAAUGGAGGAGGUGCAGAUUACCGCUGUCGAUGAAUUGUACGUCGAGCAAAACGCGCACGGUUCGAUCGAUACGCAAAUCGCCAGAGUGAGACUAUUUUUCCUCGGAUUCUUGACUGGAAUGCCGGAUGUGGAAAUUGGAGUGAACGAUCUGUGGAGGCAAGGUAAAGAAGUGGUAGGUAGACACGACAUCAUUCCAGUUGUAACCGAAGAAUGGAUCCGACUGGAGAAUGUUGAAUUUCACACUUGCAUCCAACAAAAUGUUUACGAAGAAACCAGAACCAUCAAACUGAAGCCUCCAGACGCUUGUUAUUUAGAACUGAUGAGAUUCCGCGUUCGUCCUCCAAAAAAUCGCGAACUACCGUUACAGCUAAAAACGGUAUUUCGAAUAUGCGGUAACAAGGUAGACAUUCUGGCCGAUAUUCUGGUACCCGGCUUCACCAGUCGAAAACUGGGACAAAUCCCUUGCGAAGACGUGGCCGUCAGGAUUCCAAUACCGGAAUGUUGGAUCUAUCUUUUCAGAGUAGAGAAGCACUUCAGAUAUGGUUCGGUGAAAUCAGCACACAGAAGAACUGGAAAAAUUAAAGGAAUCGAACGAUUUUUGGGAGCGGUCGACACGCUCGAACAACAUCUGAUCGAAGUCACUUCCGGUCAUGCCAAAUACGAACAUCAUCAUAAGUCGAUCGUAUGGAGAAUGUCGCGUUUACCAAAGGAAGGUCAAGGAGCUUAUACGACGCAUAAUUUGAUAUGCCAUUUGCAACUCACCUCGUACGAUCAGGUGCCCGACGAGUUGGCCAAAUACUGCUACGUCGAAUUUACUAUGCCUGUAACGCAGGUGUCACAUACGACCGUACGCUCUGUAUCCAUUAGCAAUAGUGAUAGCGAUACUCCUCCGGAGAAAUACGUCAGACAUUUAGCGAGACACGAGUAUAGAGUAGAGAUAGAACACGCGCACGCCGAAAGUACAAGCGACUACAUCGCUGCCACCAUAACAAAACCAUCGAGCGUACCAGCGGCGGCGCCUCCAGCAGCUCCAGCACGACCUCCGUCAACAGAUCCGGAUCCGCCUUCGGAUAGCGAUUCCGAGUAAAUUCAUCGGCAUCGGCGCUUAAUCGUUCGUAUUUUUUUCAUUUUCAAGUUAUUUAUUACGUUUUAUCUGUAUCUUCUCCUUCUUCCUGUUUACCUUUACUGAUUUGUUGUUCGUUUGUUUGUUUUCCUUCUUCAUUUGUGAAAUGACAAAGUUACUUAUACUUCUCUCACUUCCCUCAGACUCUGAUUUUCGAUUAUUUGUUCGAUCGUGUUACAUGUUACAUAACUUUUUCCAUUCUUUACUACUAUUAGGUUAGCGCUUUUAUUCCCAUUUUGAAUGAACAUGUUACUCUUAUAAAAUAAUAUAAUAAGAUGCUGGUAUUUUUCAAUACCUUACCUACCUAAGUACCUACCUACCUUAUUACCUAAGUACCUAUAUAACUAUACUUGAUGUACGUUUUAUAAAUGUUUAACUUUAACUGAUAUUAUAUUUUAGUGAUUUUUAGAAGUUUUUAAUGUUGAAAUGUGUGUGCGUGUGUGUACAUAAAAUACCUCACUAGAUAAGUAAAUAAUUUUCGCGAGAUACCAUACUUGUAUGUACUUGAGUAUACAUUUCAAACUUCAUAACGACAAUAUCUUUUAUUAUAAUAAUUAUGGUAUUAUUAUAUUUAUACAUAAUAUUAUAGUGACCUAUGUUUUUAAGUUUUUCGCUUCGGUUUGGUAUUUUAUAUACGAUAUACGAUAAAAAAUAUGAUAGAAAUAUCAACUCAUUAUUUGUCAACCUACCUAACUUACUAUAAUAUUGAACAUUUAACAUGAAUGUCAUAAUUAUAUGUAUAGGUAGGUACCUAGUUUCACGUUCAAGUGACACGACGGCUGGUGUUAUAUACUGCGUAGGCCACAUUUUAUAUAAUUACUAUGUAUGUGUGUGUGUGUGUAUUUUACGAUAUUAAAUUUAUGAUAAUUUAUAAUACUAAAGUAUGAUACCUAAUCGAUUAUACUUCUUACUAGUAGGCUGUGUAUGCGUACAUGACAGAUACUACAUACCUAUAUUUGUAUGUUGCACAAGAUAAGCAACUUGGUACGAGUACAUGAUGUACUUCAUACCCAUCCAUCAAUCUAUUCGUACUUUUAACAAGUGUAUGUACAAAUAUAUACCGCAGCGACAGCCCGCAACCCUUACACGGUCACAAAUUUACCUACCUAUUAAUUUAUUUAAAUCAAAGUUUGUUUUUUUUGUUAAAUAUUUAUCUAAGUGAUUCGUUUAAAUGUCUGAUACAUUUCGCGUAGGUACCUAUGUAAAAUGCAAAUCGAUACAAAUUUACGGUUUAUCCGCAAUUCCGCAUUAAUCUUACUAAAUUACCAAAAUUCAUACUCGUACCACUGCGAUGUAAGGUAUGGUAGUGUAAGUGUACUAUUAAUAUUACCACGUAAUCGUAGGAGAGUAUAUCAUCGAGAUAAUACUGCGUACCUAUUAAUUUACCUACUUAUUUACCGCACGUUUACAUUCGAUAAAGCUCUUUUUCCUUCAAUUACAUAGAUAGAUACCCACUUGCUCAUCCACGCAGGACACGACGAUUUUCAUUUUUUUUUUUUUUUUUUGUAAGUUUCACCGAAUCUUUUAUUGUUUUUUCGUGUAAGCAAUUGACAGCAGUAUUAUAUUUGGCAGGGCUGAACGAGAUUCGAAUAAAGUAUAAUUUUGUAUUUUUUGCAUCUCACAAAGAUUUGAAUCUACGAUGGCCAAUUUGCCCAAAAAUUUCAUUGUACUACCCAUGUACAUCCACGAUUCAAAAUUUGUCAAAAAAAAAAACAAUUUCGAUUUUGAGGGUUUUUCAUUCCAAUCAAGGAGAUAAUUAUCUCAACUGGUGAAACUCCUCCUCCCCUUCCCGCAACUCUUUCGUACGUAUCAAGACUAAAUUUAGAACAAAGCCUCGACAUAAAGAGGUUCACUUGUUACCUGUAAAAAGUUACCACGUCUCGUUCAGCUCGAUUUUUGUUGUAGUAGAAAAGAAAUUUUUUUAAAAAAUCAGACAAAUUACAGGUAUCAAGUACCGACGAAAAAUUUCAUUAUUGUAUUGUAAUUAUACGACGACAACAAUAUGUACGUCGAUAAAAUUUCGUAGUCACAUAUCUAAAAUACGUUAUUUUUUAUGUACUAAUUUCACUUGUCAAUAAUUAGUUAACUGUUGUAAAUUAGCACGAGUGUGAUAAUAUGUACAACUACGGUGGGAUAGACUGAAUUCAGUAAUAUGGAAACAGUUGAGUAUCAAGAGCCAGCCGCCCUUUUUUCUCAAAAAAAUGUUGAUUCGGAGAUGGGCGGGCGAACAACAAAAUGAGGUUUAAAAAAAAGGUCUACAUCGAGUACAAAAUGGUUUAACACAAACUCUCAACAAGCUCUGGAUGAUUUUAUCCCAGCACUGUUUUUGUACAGAACAACUAAUAAAUACAGAGUACAGACUCAUUAUAUGACGCUUCCGAAUACUCAUUAUUAUUUUCACCUAUUUCCAUCGAAGAAGCACCCCUUCCUUUUCAGUCUUGGUUGAACAUUCCACUAAUCACACUGAUCUGCUCGCAGCACCUUACGACUUGCGAGUAAUUUUCAUAUGGAGAGACGAUUUCUUCCGACAAGGUUUACUAUGAAUAUCAUUAUCAUAGACAACUUAUUCCACUCCAAUAUGAGAACUACCCAAGUUUCAUCAUCAAAUUCAAUCCCAAACCAUUUACCCAUUUAGUUUACGAGUAUACAUAAUACGAUAGGCCUAAUUUAUCUCAAUUUUUAUAGCAUAAUCGUAAGGACUAUUAAUAAUACUGUGUAGCUUGUUUUUGUUCAUUAUUUUGUUUGAAUGUUUGUACGUAUGUUAUUUGUUUUUUUUCUUUUCAUUCAUUCAUUUUAUUUAUUUAUUAUUAUUUUUUUUUAAAUAAAAAUGUGAAUCGAAUACCUUAACGGUAUUUUUAUUGCAAUACAAAAAUAAUAGGUACUAAUACGUACUAAUGUAAUAAUGUAAAGUUAUGUACUUGAUUUAUGACGUAUAGCUUUGAUAUCAAACAUCUAGACAUCUAACCAUUUAAACAUACCUUUACCUAUUACCUAAACCUACCACGUAACCUAAUUACCUAUAACUUAUCUAUAGGUAUUGGUAUUAUUAUAUAGGAAAAUUAUUCGUGUAUACCUAUUACCUACAUAUUUUAUGCAGACAAAUUUUUAUCGAUUGAAAGAAUUGAAUUUUUAUUUAGGUAUACCUAGGUAUAUAUCUAUUUAUGAUGAAUCGUAACUCGCAAUAUACAUUACAUAACAAUAUAGGUACCUAAUUACGUACCUACUACCUAACUAUAAUAUGCUACGAUUGUUGUAAAACGCGCAUUAAAAUAUAAAUUUCAGACAAAUUUUAA